AUGAAAGGAGAAAGCAGUCAAGACACCUCACAUCAUUUAAAGCGACAAGAAAGAACGAACAGUGAAUUAAAUAUUACCGACGAACAUGAUGAUGAUGAUGAUGAUAAUGGCUCUCAUCGAUCAUGGUCACCGAUCAUCAAGUCCCGUCGACGUUUCUCACCAAAGGAAGUGGAUUAUUUGGAAACGGUAUAUACAGAAGACAUGAAUCCUUCUACGGAUAAAUUGCAAGCGGUGGCGGAUACCAUAGGCACUACACGUCGGAUCAUCACCACUUGGUUUCAAAAUCAUCGUGCCAAAGGAAAACGAAAAACCUCAUCUCAUCCAACAAAAAAGAAAAAAAGAAAACGUCAUCCAAAACAAGAGGAAAAACCAAUCCAAGCACCUUCCCAUUGCAUAAAUCAACCCGAUAAUGAACAACCGUCAUGGCUUGAUCAUGCGACCAGUACGCAACAUGGCCCUUCUCCUUAUUGGUCUUCAGAAUCCAUGUCAUGGUUGGAUCCUUUUACUCUACGACCUUCAGAUCAAUUACAAUCUCCCCUUCCUCCUUGUUGCCUUGAAGAAAUAUACACUGGUUGGCCUUGUCCUUAUCAUUCCUUUUCUUUUAUCUAA